AUGCGGUUCGCGCUGUCGCUCUUCGUCUUCGGGCUCGUGCGGCUGUCCUGCGGAGAUGUGGUGGAGGACCCCGAGCCGCCUCAGAGGCGCUUUAACACGGCCGAGAUGGCGGACGCGAUGAUGGGAACGGACCCCUCUCCCGCUGGGAUACAGCAGCUGAUCCCCAGAGACCUGCAGGAGGCCGUGCUGGGAGAGCCGUGUGCGGAGGAGGACCAGCCGGAGGAGGCCCGAGACAGCGGGGAAACACACAGCCAGAGCCAGAACUUCACCGAGGCCGCCAAGACCUUUAAGGUGACCUGCGACCUGAGGAACACCAGCGGGAUCCAGCGCUUCGCGGUGCAGGUGCUCAACGCGUCUCAGGACCUGAUGGACUUCCUGAAUGCCAACGGCUCCGAGUGUUCGCUGGUGCUGUUCUACACGCCGUGGUGCCAGUUCUCCGCCAGCCUCGCGCCGCACUUCAACGCCCUGCCUCGAGUGUUUCCCAGCAUGCACUUCCUCGCGCUUGACGCCUCCCAGCACAGCAGCCUCUCCACGCGCUUCGGCACCGUGGCCGUCCCCAAUAUCCUCCUGUUCCAGGGCGCCAAACCAAUGGCCCGGUUCAACCAGACGGAGCGAACGCUGGAGACGCUGGCGUCCUUCAUCGCCAACCAGACAGGUUUCGGGGCGAGCCCGGAUCAGGCGGUCGAGGAGGACGACCGUGUGGGUCCUCUCCCGGCGGCUCCCGUCAGGAGCAUCGACUGGCUCUUCGUGUUCUCCGUGCUCUUCAUCUCUGGCUUCACUCUCUACGCCAUCCUGUGCAGCGACAGCAUCCGCUGGCUCAUCCCGGGGCAGGACCACGAGCACCAGGACUAG